AUGCCAGCAAACUCACUCCCCUCAAAGGUCGGAGUCAUCAUCUUCCCCGGCUUCCACCUACUCGACUAUGCCGGCCCCUUAGAUGCCCUCAACAUCCUCUCCACCGACCACUCCCUCACGCUCUGCACCAUAGCCGCAACACUAGAUCCAGUGCCAACCCAGAACAGCUUGCAAGACAAGCAAGGCUCCCAAUUCUCACAGUCCAUAAUCCCGACUCACACAUUCGACAACGCACCGGAUGAUCUGGAGGUGCUGCUCCUCCCAGGUGGUCUGGGAUCGAGGGGACCGGAGAGCGACAAGUGGAUGAAGCCACAGGUCGAGUAUCUCAAGAGAUUGGAUUUGAGCGGCAAGGGAAGUGUAAAGUGGGUUCUUACUGUUUGUACGGGGAGUGAGAUAUUGGCUAGGACUGGCUUGUUAGAUGGUAGGAGGGCUACGACUAACAAGCGCGCGUUCGGCGAUGUAAGUGAACCGACUUGUCAUCUCCUCUCCUCACUUCGGACUCGUUACUCACUCUUCGGCAAGGUCAAAGCCAAACAUCCGAAUGUUGAGUGGGUUGCAAAGGCUCGUUGGGUCGUGGAUGGCAAUAUCUGGACGAGCUCUGGUAUUUCGGCUGGGAUUGAUGUGACAUUUGCGUGGAUUGCUGAGGUAUUUGGCGAGGAGACGGCGCAGUAUGUGGCAGAUCGGAGUGAGUAUGAGAGGAAUGUUGAUGCGGGGAAUGAUAGAUUUGCUGAGAGGUGGGGAACUGUGUAG